UGCGUGUGUGGGGUGUAUGUGUGAGAGCGAGGUGGAUGGGUUAAAGGGAUCAGAUAAAGGAAGUUAUAACUUGUUUAUUCCCGGUUUUUGAGUUUCUCCUGCAGUCAUGAGUAAGAUGAGCUGCAGCCAGGACUGGAUGUCCUCUCUCCCGGAGGAGCUGUGGGACACGCCGCUCACGGAGCUCGCCAUACCGGGGAGCCAUGAUGCGAUGAGUUACUGCCUCGACAUCAACUCUCCGCUGGUCCCGUCUGAGUCCGACUGCUUCAGGAUCCUCGACGGACUGUUCUACUGUUUCACCAGACCCACCAUCUUCAAAUGGGCCACAACACAGGACAAAAGCAUCGAGGAGCAGCUCUCCAUGGGGAUCCGAUACUUCGAUCUCCGCGUUGCACACAAACUCAAAGACCCCUCCAGCGACCUUUACUUCACACACGUCAUUUACACACAUCUAACCGUCCUGGAAACGCUGUCCUCUGUUGCCUUGUGGCUGAAGUCUCACCCGAAGGAGGUCGUUAUUCUCGCCUGCAGCCACUUUGAGGGAAUCAGCGACGAACUGCAUCAGUCUUUUAUCUUCUCCUUGAAGAAGAUGUUCGGGUCGAAGCUCUGCCCCCACAAGGUUUCGGCCCCCACACUGCGCAGCCUCUGGGCCGCGGGGCAGCAGGUCAUCCUCUCCUACGACUCCCAGCAUCCAUUGCGGCACCCGGAGCUGUGGCCGGACAUCCCGUACUGGUGGGCCAAUCAGCGCACAGCGAAGGAGGUCAUCAGUUACCUGGACUGGAACAAAGAGCAGGGCCGCCCAGAGGGUUUCUUCGUCUGCGGCCUGAACCUGACGGCAGAUCGGUGCUUCAUCACGGAGAACCUGCGGCAGUCCCUCCGGACGAUCACCUUCAGUAACUGGGAGUGUUUGCGGGGCUGGGUGGAGGAGCAGACCCCCGGCUCGGGCCCCCAAAGCCUCAACAUCAUCGCAGGAGACUUCGUGGGGCCCCUGCCUCUCUGCUCCCUCAUCAUCGCUCUCAACCAAAAACUUCUACGGAAGAAAAGCUCCAGAUAAAAAAACGUUUUUAUUCGACUGGAAACGGAUCCUUUAUGAUGUACAGCUUACCUCACUUUGUCUGCAUUAAGAGUAGGAACUGUAUUUUUUUUAAACUUCUGUAUCUGUUACUUUAAUUUAAGGAGGGUUUCUUUUGACAGAAAGAUCUCGUUUUGGAUAUACAACAGCUCCAAUAUAUGUUUACAAAAUCAUUCUUUUAGAAAAUGUUAUUAUUAAAUAUUUUAUUAUACUGUAAAAUACACAUAAACUUAAGAAAAAAAACCUUUGUAUUCCACGUGAACUGAUCCUGAAUACCUAACUUCCUCUUUUUAUACUAUUUAUACUGCAUCUAAGUGAAGGAAAUGUUAAGAAUAAUAUCUGUAAUAUCAUAUUUCUGUAUCUGUUACUAGAAAACAUUAUGUAUGUUUUUACUAUACAGCUCUAAUGUGCAAUAUAUCUACUAGAGCGUAUGUCCUUCUUUUACAGAAACAUAGUAGUGAAUAUUUUUAUUAUACUGUUUUGAUGUACUGCAUUACAAAAAUAUUUAAAUAAAGUUUUCCAUGGAAGCCAGCACAGGCAGGUGAGAAAAAUAAAUUCUUAGGAUCCAUUUUCUGAGUCUGAGACAAAA